AGAUUAACAAAAUAACUUUUAAGUAUUUUUGUUUGAAAUUAAGUUGCAAGGACGGUUGAAUAAAUAGAGUUCGUUGGUCCAGCGCCGUUAAAGACAAAUUCCACAUCGCUUCAUUAUUCUGUCAUCUCUGCCCACAGCAAACAAACUACUUUACUAUUAGCUUCAAACCAAAAGCCCUGGGAGAUGAGGAGUGGAUGGCAAGGCUUAGGGGAUUUUCCAGCGAUGGGGUUUGGCCGUCAAAUGCAGGGAAUAGACCUGCCCCGAGGCAGAAGAAGCGGCAUGCUCUCUAUCAGAAGGCCCCGCUGCUGUGUGAGGAGAAGGUUGUCCGUCUGGAAGCUGAGAUCCAGGGCCUGAUGAACGUGAUCAACGACCAGCACCGCUACAUCCUGGAGCUCCAGAACAGCCAGUCGCAGCAGCUGCAGCACAUCCCCAACAUGUACCUGGGCCAGCAGAACCUCUACAGAGACUGCUCCGAGGUGUUUGCAGACGGGAACGUGGCGAGCGGCCUCUACGUGAUCCGUCCAGAUGGCGCUCCCACGGCGCUCAACGUCUACUGCGACAUGAGCAACGGUGGAGGAUGGACCGUCUUCCAGAGGAGGAGAGAUGGGAAGGAGAGCUUUGACAGGACCUGGUUGGAGUACCGCCAUGGGUUUGGAGAUCUCUUCUCCCCUGAAGGAGAAUUCUGGCUGGGAAACGACCCUCUGCACCACCUCACCUCACAAGGAAACUAUGACCUGCACAUCGACACUGAGGACUUUGAAGGGAAUCAGCGCUUUGCAGAGUACAAGAACUUCCGAGUGGACGAUGAGAAGGACCAGUACCAGUUGCAUGUGGGAGACUACACUGGGAACGCUGGAGAUGCUCUGGCUGACGCUCGGGGCCUGAACUUCAACACUCCCUGCAAAGGCGGGAUCAAAUUCAGCACCUACGACCACCCAAACGACACGAACGCCACCGCAGACAACGGCCGCUGCAUCCGGCACAGCAGGUCCGGCUGGUGGUUCUGCAGGUGUGACUCAGGGAAGCUGGACGGCCAGGAGUUCAAAGGGCCAUUUCAGGCGAUGAGCGACGACGGCGUGGCGUGGUACGUCUGGCACGGCUGGUCGUACGCCAUCAAGUCCGUGGUGAUGAUGGUACGGGCCGCAGACCUGGAGAACCCGCCGGCCAUCAUCGAGCAGUUCAGCCCCAACAUGGUGGAAGGCGGUCAGUAGGCAGGAGGACAGAUGAGUUUAAGGCUGAAAUAAAAGUCUGCUUCACA